UUGAAGUUACACAGACCGGACAGCAGGGGGCAGGACGCGCUGAACCGGACAUGAUGAAGAAGAAGAAGAAAAGAAUUCAAGAUGGCUGCCACUCGCAACAACGAUGAGUGCAGUUACAUUGUGGUUGAAGCGAACAGCCCAUCAUCGUCGCUGCUGCCACAGAACGAUGGCUUUAACAGGAAGCAGACCCUGUUUUUGAUCGACUUCAUCCGUCAGCUCGUCACGACCGACGACGGCCCCCCAAAGAAUCUGCAGGAGCUCAACGCACGGCUGAAAACAGCCAAGUCCAAUAAAAAGGAGCUGUGGAAGGAGGCGGCAGAAACCCUGGAGGACCGGUUCAAGCAGUGGUUCUGCCCCGCCCGAGUGGCCAGGAAGUGGGGCACGCUGGUCGACGGCUACAAGAAGGUGAAGCGGAGCAGCAGAGCGACGGGGAGGAGGAGCAUUCGCUUCCAGUACUACAACGAGAUGGACGAGCUGAUAAAGGAGCCGGACGAGGUGGUCAUCCCGGUGGUCGGGACAGCUGAGGGGCUGCUUGUGUGGAAACCCGAGGUUCUGGAUCAGAGCGUAGACGCAGCUCUGGCAGGUACAGCUUUCAGCCCGACGACCCGCCCCGGAGAGGAGCCGACGCCACCCACACCCGCUGCACCCCUGAAACGCCGGCGGGUGGACGAGGAGAUGAUGGAGCUCCUGCAGCAGUCAGAGGAAGCCACCCAGCGGCGGCACCAGGAGAUGCUGGCCCAGCUCAGGUCCGCCCAGGAGGACUUCAGGACCUUAAUGACCCAGCUGCUACAGAAACUUUAACUUCAUCCUUUUUGCACAUUUCCAGAACUUUUGUCUCGUUCAGAGCUGAUGCAGUCGAGCAGCAGGUAUUUUACACACCUGUUCUAAUAUAAUUACCUGACUUUGAUACUGUGUGAUACUUUUAUUUUGUUAAUAAACUUAUUGUAAUAUUCA